GUCCUAAGGCUGUUGGUUUCUCUUCUAGCUGGUUCUAGUGAGCCCUACAUCAGAGCAGUAUGACAGCCUACUUCGGCAAAUGUGGGAGAGGAUGGACGAGGGAUGCGGAGAGACCAUAUAUGUCAUUGGGCAGGGAUCAGAUGGGACCGAGUACGGGCUGAGUGAAGCUGACAUGGAGGCCUCCUACGCCACAGUGAAGAGCAUGGCAGAACAGAUAGAGGCUGAUGUCAUCCUCCUGCGGGAACGUCAAGAAGCUGGGGGCCGUGUGCGCGAUUACCUAGUCCGGAAACGAGUAGGAGACAAUGACUUCCUGGAAGUCAGGGUAGCAGUGGUGGGCAACGUGGAUGCUGGCAAAAGUACGCUUCUGGGGGUCCUGACCCAUGGAGAGCUGGACAAUGGCCGAGGCUUUGCCCGCCAGAAACUCUUCCGCCACAAACACGAGAUUGAAUCUGGUCGCACCAGCAGUGUGGGCAAUGACAUUCUGGGCUUUGACAGUGAAGGCAAUGUAGUGAACAAGCCAGACAGCCACGGUGGCAGCCUGGAGUGGACAAAGAUCUGUGAGAAAUCCACUAAGGUGAUUACCUUCAUCGACUUGGCUGGCCAUGAGAAGUACCUGAAGACCACUGUGUUUGGCAUGACGGGCCAUUUACCUGACUUCUGCAUGCUCAUGGUGGGCAGCAAUGCUGGCAUUGUGGGGAUGACCAAGGAGCACCUGGGCUUGGCAUUGGCACUCAAUGUGCCUGUCUUUGUGGUGGUCACCAAGAUUGACAUGUGUCCUGCCAACAUCCUGCAAGAAACUCUGAAGCUGUUACAGCGCCUGUUGAAGUCACCGGGCUGCCGGAAGAUCCCUGUGUUGGUGCAGAGCAAGGAUGAUGUAAUUGUAACGGCCUCCAACUUCAGCUCUGAGAGGAUGUGCCCAAUAUUCCAGAUCUCCAACGUUACAGGCGAAAACCUAGAUCUGCUGAAGAUGUUCCUCAACCUCCUGUCCCCUCGCACCAGUUACCGGGAGGAAGAACCUGCUGAAUUUCAGAUUGACGACACCUACUCUGUCCCAGGUGUAGGAACAGUGGUGUCGGGGACAACACUGAGGGGCCUGAUCAAGCUGAAUGACACACUGCUGCUGGGCCCAGAUCCCCUGGGUAACUUCCUGUCCAUUGCUGUCAAAUCGAUCCAUCGCAAGCGCAUGCCUGUCAAGGAGGUUCGAGGGGGCCAGACGGCCUCUUUCGCACUGAAGAAGAUCAAGCGCUCAUCCAUCCGGAAGGGCAUGGUGAUGGUUUCUCCACGCUUGAAUCCCCAAGCAUCCUGGGAGUUUGAGGCCGAGAUCCUCGUCCUCCAUCACCCCACCACAAUUAGCCCACGUUACCAGGCCAUGGUGCACUGUGGGAGCAUCAGGCAGACGGCCACCAUUCUCAGCAUGGACAAGGACUGUCUGCGCACCGGGGACAAGGCCACAGUGCACUUCCGCUUCAUCAAGACCCCCGAGUACCUGCACAUAGACCAGCGGCUGGUGUUCCGGGAAGGCCGCACCAAGGCUGUGGGCACCAUCACCAAGCUUCUCCAGACCACCAACAACUCCCCAAUGAACUCCAAGCCCCAGCAGAUUAAAAUGCAAUCGACGAAAAAGGGUCCCCUGAGCAAACGAGAAGAGGGGGGCCCCUCUGGAGGGCCAGCAGUAGGGGCACCCCCACCUGGAGAUGAAGCUUGCUCUCUAGGGGCUGCACAGCCAGCUGCAUCCAGCAGUCUUCAGUCACAGCCCAAGCCCGGCAGUGGGGGCCGGCGACGAGGGGGCCAGCGUCACAAGGUGAAGUCCCAGGGGGCCUGCAUGACUCCUGCCAGUGGCUGCUGAAUGUCCCCAGCCCCCCUCCACCACCCAAGGGAUCCUCGUGCUCUGGCCACUGCUCCACCAGAUGGGCCAGAGCCACUCUGACCGCCACUCGCUCUCCCCUAGGCCACAGCCGGACCCUCGCCAUUCCCCCGACCCCCGUUUUCCAGGGGGGCUGUAAUUUAUAAGCUGAGGAAGGUGGUCAGACUUGCAGAGGACUGACCAUCUCCCACCCUGUUCCCUGCCUUCUUCCUCACACAUUUUUUGUACAUCGGGGCCCUUAGUUUUUAUUCUUUUUAUUAUAUAUCUGUCUCUCUCUCUCUCUAGUGUGUGUGUGGUUGUGUGUGUGGGAGUGUGUGAGGUGCAGAAGUGCGGCCGUUCAGGGCCCCGGCAGUCUUCUUCGCCUCCUCCGUGGCUGGCCACCAGCCUCCAUGAGCUAGCUGGCUACCUGUCCGUCUGUCUGUCUGUUUCUCUCUGUGAGAACCUUUCAGGGCUGUUGGGAGCUGAAGAGCACCCUCCUUCCCUGUGCUCACUCUCCUCUGCGCCUGGAGCCCCACCUUGGAGCCGGCCUCGGGGCUCCCAGGUGACAUGUCUGCUGCUGCCAGAGCAGGGAGCCUUCCCUCUGAGACUUGGGGAUUUUAGCAGAGUGGAGAGUGGUGGUUCCUCUUUUCUCUUUCUCCCUCUUGUUCCCCUUAAACCCCAAAAGAGAUAAUGCCAAAAGCUCUUAAGUUGUAACCUGUAGAUGUGUGGAGGGUGUCAGUGAUUGGAUUGUAAGACCCUCCUUGCCCCUAACUCUGACCGUUGCCACUGACCCAAAGACAGCUGGUGGCUUUUCUUUCCCCUCGGAGACAAUCCUUUGUUUGCCUGGCUGGCUGGGGCUACUCUUGCUCUGCUGAUUCUGCUGAGCUGCCUCGUCCCAGGGCAGCCUCCUGCUUGAACUUCAACUCUGAUUCUUGUUGGGCCUCGGGGCACUGAUGACCAGGACUGGGGUCUGUCUGCUCAGGGCUGUGCUCACUAGCACCUCCUUUAGGUAGGAGUGCCAGCUGUUCCUCUGAGCCAGGUGGGGACUGGAGCCCCUCCUUCCCCACAUCACCCCAGCAUGGCUGCUACAGGAGUAAACAGUGAAUGGCCUGAGCCCCAGAUUCGGAAGCCUCAAUUGAGGGAGGGCAGGUAGGAGGUGGUUAAAAAAGACUUCCAGACUAUAAGCCCUCUGGAAGAAUCAUUGCCUGGGGUGGGGGUAGUGUUGCCCAGGCCAGAGAUGGCAACAUGGGCCCCAAACCAGCCUGGUCUGCGCUGUAGAUUGACGCCCUCACUUUAGAGUGGGCUGACGGGCAGAGAUGUGUUCUUUCUCUAGCCUCGGCAGACACCCAAAUGGCUGGGUCCUUCCUCAGCCUCACCUCCCUUCCGUCCCCAACCCUUCACCAUUCUUCCUGCUUCUGGACUGCUGGUCCCCUCUCCUCCCCUCCUAACUAUUUCUAGUUACCAGUGACCUGUGGCCAUGGACCCACCAGACCAGCACACAAAAUAAAAGUUUGUUCCAAGUUGACGGUGUUGUGUUCCCUGCCCGGCCCCUCCAGGUGGAGGUGCUGCCCUGGGGAACUCUUGCUCUGCCUGCCCUAGAGCCUCCAGCUGUGGGCUGGGCCGGGAGGAGCCAGCUUCUCCUGUCAGGCAGGCAUGGCUUCAAAACCCAGGCUCCUCUGCCAGCUGUAACACAGGACAAGGUGCCAACCUCUGAACCUCAGUUUCCUCAUCCACAGCAAGAGGUAGAUGCCUACAUCAGGUUGUUGUGAGGAUCCACUGUGAAAAUGUAUGUGAGGCCCUGAUGUGUCCGGCACAUGGGAGGUACCUGGUGAAUGGUCACCACACUGCUUAUCACUGACACUGGCUCCCAACUCCAUAGCAGAGGCUGCAACUCGGGGGACAGGCUCAAAAGGAGAAAUGUGGCACUGACACGUCUCUGCUGUGUAGCUGGGCUGUGCCAGGCAUUUCCUUCACUUCAUGUUUUUUGAUGCUCACAGCUACCAUCUGUGUGGCAGUUGGCAGUAGUUAUGUUUUUCUAGUUAAGGAAACUGAAGCUCAGAGGAGCAGCGGAGUGCCCCCAGCCUCUAGCCAUUCCCAGUCACCCUCUCCAGCGUGUCCUCUGGCUCUUCCUGGUUCCUUUGUCUACCGGUUCUUUCCCUCUUGCUUUCUGACUCUGGUUCUGCUUACAGGGCUGCUGCCCACCGGUGCCUUCAUAGCAGGAGUUCCAGCGUUGAAUAACACCCCUGCUCUCUGUCCCUGUGGUGGCUGCUGUGGAAUUUGUGUUUCCACAGGAUUUGGCCUUGUGGGACCUUGGACCAGGCAGAACUGCAUUUUGCCCCUGUGAGCAUAACCACUUUCUUUACAUUUGGAACCUGUGGCCUACACCCUGGCCCCCCCCUCAGACACUCAGGAGGUCAGUCUGGAUCUCUGUGGUCACCAGGCCCACACCUGCUAGCCAGGGGGCUGACUACGGCAUAUUAUUGUCAUUAGCAGGGACUGCAAAGGUCUCAUGUGGGUCUCAGCCCUAUGAACUAUCUAUUUGGAAUGAAACACCAGCCCUUUUAUAGUUGACAAAUAAAAUUGUUAAUCCAAUCAU